AUGUCAAAUACAGCCUCGCCUCGUUUCGAAACCACUUCAAUAAUAUCCGAGCCCGCUCACUUUGCAGGAUCCGGUUGGGAACUGCCUAUCGAGUCCUGCUGCCAAGGACGGACUAGGACAUGUGCCGCCACCUGUGUCGCUGAGUAUCGAUCUCCAGAUAUUUAUACUGAUGAUAAACACAACACAUGGUAUACAAUAUUGAAGAGGAAUGAUGGACCUCUAAACAAUCAUUUACAUACAAAGAGGGGAGCAGAGGAGAGGAGAGGAGAGAGAAGGGAGUUGCGAAAGAGGUGCUCGUGUCCUCCUCAGAGGACCGGUGGCCGCCUUGCGUCACUCAACGUCCGAUUUGAGAAAUAA